GGGAAGUCGUUUGACGUAAUCAGCAAGCGCAGUUCCUGGUUUUUUCGCAUUUUUUCAUUUCAGUCGAUCGUGUUUUUUUUACUCCGGCAAACCGGCUGCCAUCAGGAGUGUGCUGCCCUGUGUCGGGAGAACGGUUCUUGUGCCGAACACCUUACCCCAUAGAAAUCAGUGGCGUGUCUGUCAUCAGUUUCCUGCGUGUGUUUGUGGCUCUGGUAAAACUGAACAGGAAGACAGACACAGAGAGACGUCUGAACUCAGAGGAAACUGCUGUGGCUUCUUCGUCAACCUCAGAAUGACUGAGUUCUGGGUUUGUUUCAGCUGCUGCAUUGCAGAGCAGCCGCAACCUAAACGGCGGCGACGGAUCGAUCGCUCCAUGAUCGGAGAGCCAACAAACUUUGUUCACACCACACAUGUAGGCUCAGGGGACAUGGGCCUAGGACUGGCAUCAGUGGACCUUGUUCAGGCCCAGAUGAAAUCUAAAGGGGGCUACGCACAUGGAGGGUCUGAAGGUUCCCAGUUGUAACAAGCCUUUCACAGUCUUGUGGAAACUACUGUUGUUGAUAUGAGGAAGCGUUUUCAAAAAGCAGUUCUGUCUGUAAUGGACACAGGACCAAAAGAUGAAACUACUGCUUUUCCAUAAUGUUGUAUAUAUUUUUAUUUUCCAUUCCUUUUGUUUUUUAAUGAAAGCACUGCUAUCCAUUUGCUGCCAUACUGUUGCACUGUAAAGAGUAACUGUUAAGAGUAGAUAAGAGGGUUUAGAAAGCUCAUAAAUCUCAGUCAGAUGUAUGCUUGUGUGUAUGCAUGAGGAAAAUAUUUUCACAAAUAUUUGCUGUUGUAGCCCAUUUGGAUGCCUGUAUUUAUUAUCUGAUUUGUAAACGGACCUCAUGGUGGCUGGGCCACGCUGGAGAUUUGGAACAUUCAGUUUCCUUCUUUAUUCUCAGAGGUUUAUCAAAGGACAGGUAGCAGGUAGCAAGGCAAAAAGCGAUAUGUUCAUUGUUUUAUUCUGAAAAGUACUCACAAUUCUCUGAGUUGCUUUCAGGGUGAAGAUUGCUGUUUUGUAAUAAACUUGAAAUGAGUAGAGUACACUGGACCAUACAUUGUACACUCACACUUGCUUAGGAAUUUCGCAUUGAUUUCAACUGUUUUUUUUUUUUUGUCUGUUUUUUUUAAAUAUUCAUUUAGAUUGAAUCAUAUAGAAUUUUAAUAAACUAUGAACUUCCUAAUCUGCCUUCUGAAGUCAUGUUCGUUAUUUGUUUUACUAGAGUGAGUUGUAGCUUAGUGCUUUCAAAAAGAUUCAUAUUUUUAUAUGCAUUUUCUUCCUUUCAAAGCUCGUAGAAUAAGAAUUAAACUUGGAAGUAACCAAAUUAUCACUGCAAACACUGCCACAAAUGUGGAUCAGGUUUGAUACAGUUAGUUUACCAACUAUUUUUCCACCAUAUCCCUAUUGGUUAAUUGUGACUGUUCCUUUUAGCCAAGACAGUUUGUUACAUAUUGUGUCUUUUCGUGACUUCCUCGACGAUUUCUCUUCUCUUCUCAUUUAGCAUUGAUUUUUUUUUUUUUUUUGUCCCUCUGCUGGUCUUAAUAGUUGAAUAUUUCUUUGAAAACUCAACUGCUGGUUCUCUUAAAGCUGACAGAUGCUCCUAAAUGGCAUUCAGUCUAAUCUGACCCACCUUUGCAGUAGUGUUUGCGAUUACAUUGCUUCAGUGUGAAAAGCUGUUCUCAUGUGAAGUCAACAUUAUUUUGUCAGAAACAUUUAUCAUGAAACAUAUUUUUUUAAAAAUCCCCUUCUGACCCACUAUUGACAUUCAGAGAAGUUAUUCUCAGUUUUUCUGUUUGUGCAAAUGUUUACCCACCAUUUUCAAGCUGAUAUGAUUUUUUUUUAAUACAUGUUUCUUCUGUUUGGGUCAAAUAAAUGCAGCUCUUAAUGCCUGAUUACGUUGGUUGUCAGUUGUAUUACUGGUCUGCUUAGACUUAAUGUUUUCUUUUUUCAUUGACCGGCUGGUACGUCUGUUUUCCCCUGGUAUUGUCAUAUGUAGUCCAAAUUUCUGAACCAGGCUCCAUUGAAAAUAUCAUUAUCAGAAAGGUAAAAGACGUUGAGAAAACCAGCAGGCUUGGAUCUAUUAAUACAUGUGAUUGUUUGUCCUUGAUGUAGAUCCUAUGAUUCAACAGCAGAGUGUGGUUGUAUUAAUAAGUCUGUGUAGAUUGCUGUUAAAUGAGUGCUAUUGUAAAAACUAUUAAUGACAAAAGAAUGAAAUCUUUGGUGUUGGUACCAGACAACAGAAAAACACCAGAUAACAAAAACACCUAAUAUAUAUAGUCACAUUUAUAAAAUCUUUUCAUUUACAGCCUUAGAACUGGUGAUAACCACUUCCCCAACGUUCACUGACAGAUUUAGUAAUGUGAUUCAUCAGGCUAAAGAAUUGUCACAGAGAUCUAACGUUUUUGUUCAACUGUUUGUGUAGUAGUAAUUCAUGUAUAGAGAGAGCUCCACGUAUGUGUAGACUAAUGUGUUUUUCCUGCUCUGGGAUAAAUGCUGUAAUACUGUAUGUGCAGACAUACUGGGAUUGCAGUAUCUUAUGUGACCAGCAGGCUGUGUUGGUGGACUGGUUGAAUGUGACUUAAAAAAAUUGUUUCCUUUUUGGAUUCCUGUCACAGGUCUUAUUUAGAUUUUUAUUAUGAUAGUACUGUAAAUAAGUAACAAAAAAUGGAUCCAUGGUUUAUAUGUAUUCAGGGUCAUACAUAUUUUGGGUUACUUUCCUGUAUAACAUUACAGGGAAGGUAAUGUUGGAGCAGUGUUUUCUUUUUUUUUUUUC